GAUGCAAAAGUUAGGUUACGUCUGAGUGUCGCAGUACUUAUUAAACAGGUGUGGAUUAGUCUACGCAGCAACAGCAUUCAAUCUCUUAAUAAUAUAUUGAAGUAACAAAAUUUAUUAUAAACACAAGACCUAAAAGUAUCUCGAGUUGUAUAUGUUUAGUUUCUUAUACUGCUAACAAUUUAAAUAAUCACUCAAAUAAACAAAACUAAUUUAAAGUUCUAGAGGAAUUGAUAAGCAAAUACAUAUUCUUUUCUAACAAAGACGACGUAGAACUUUUAUAUUGUAACAAUGACUGAAGAACGUCUGGAUUUGAUAAUAUUUGGAGCAACAGGUUUUACAGGAAAAUAUACUGUUCAAGAAGCUGUUAAAUUAGGUAAAACAAAUCAAUUCACAUGGGGAGUCGCUGGAAGAAAUAAAGAACGCUUGCAAGAAGUGAUCAAAAAUUAUGCUUCUGAUGCCGAAGGAACCAUACCAAUAAUUGUUGCGGAUGUAAAAGAUAAUGAUUCGUUGAAAAAAAUGGCUCAGAAAUGUAAAAUUGUUGUCAAUUGUUGUGGACCAUACAGAUUUUUUGGUGAACCAGUAGUAAAAGCUUGUAUUGAAACUAAAACCCAUUAUGUGGAUGUAAGCGGUGAACCUCAAUUUAUAGAAACAAUGCAGCUUAAAUAUAACAAAGCAGCUCAAGAAGCAGGAGUAUACAUAAUAAGUGCUUGCGGCUUUGAUAGUAUUCCAUGUGAUCUAGGAGUAAUUUUUGUCCAAAAAAAUUUCAAUGGUGAUGUGAACAGCGUUGAAACAUAUUUGUCUUCUUGGGUUGAUGGUAGAUCCGAAGGUGCAGCCGUUCAUUACGGAACUUGGGAGUCAGCAGUUUAUGGUGUAGCACAUUCUUCUGAAUUACGAGAUUUACGAGCUAAAAUUUAUCCUCAAAAGUUACCUCAAUUUCAACCAAAGUUGUUGCCUAGAGGAAUUAUUCAUUACAGUGAAGUAUCAAAUCAAUGGUCUCUCCCAUUUCUAGGUACUGAUCGUUCUGUGGUAUACAGAUCUCAACGCUUCCUCUAUGAAAAAAAACACAUUCGACCAGCACAAAUUCAAACUUAUGUUUCAUUCAGCUCUUUAAUGUCUGUAAUAUCAAUUACAUGUGUAGGCAUAAUGUUUGCUUUAAUGACAAAAUGUAGAUGUGGUCGGUACUUACUUCUUAAGUAUCCACGAUUUUUUUCUGGCGGUUUUGCAAGUCAUGAAGGACCAAAACCGGAAGUAAUGUCUAGAACCCACUUUUCAAUAACUUUGAAAGCUAGUGGAUGGAAAGAAAAACUUGCUGAUCCUACUGACAAACAUGUUAAUUCACCUGAUAAAGAAAUGAUUGCUCGAGUAUCUGGAAUUAAUCCUGGAUACGGAGCAACUUGCGCUAUGUUGAUGAUAUCUGCACUUAUAGUUCUUCGAGAAUCUGAUAAAAUGCCAGACAAUGGUGGUGUUUUACCCCCAGGAGCAGCAUUCGAAAAUACUUCUAUGAUACAGAAUUUGCAACAGAAUGGUGUUAGCUUCGAAAUAUUGAAAACAACUGAAAAGUGAAAGUUUAGCUAUUAAAAGCAACUGUAUUAUUCAUUAGCCAUACUACAAAAUAUUGAAGGUGAAAUAUUGAAGAUGAAAUCUUUUAAUUUAUUAAGUAACCUACAUACACAAUUUUUUUUUUGACUCUAACCAUAACACUUAAGUAAACGAAUAUCGUGACUAUGUAGGAAGCCUUUUAGGCAAUAUUCUUCGCUCUCGAUGCUACCAGUUGACUACUACUCGUCGUUUGGCGCCUCUGGGUUGAGUGGUGUCCGGGAUGCCGGCUGCUUGUCUCGUGGCUGCAAUUCCCCCUUCCAUCGCUCGGUUCUCCCGCCUAUUCCUACGAUCAGCUAUCCUGAUGUUGAUGGGCUGAAACUCGUAAUCGAGUAUGAGUUUCCGUGGAUAAGGUGGAGAUGAGCCCAAGACACAUCGUUGGUCGAUGCUCUUAUCUGUUGGUCGAGCCCAACAAGUCAAAAUGUUUUUAAUAAUUAUGUACUAUAUAUACUGGCAGAUUUUUUAUUGUUUUGUUAUUUUUUAAAUAAUCAUUUGUAUUUGUUUUAGCUUAAUAAAAACGAUAUAAACAUCAAAAAA